AUAAAGUCAGGGUCCCACUGGUUGUCCUCCCAGCAUCAGCCUGUGACCGCUCGGAUCUACACCUCCCUCCACACUCCCCCCCUCGCACCCUGACACAAACAUGCACCUGAGCGCGUACGACGCGUGCCAUUCCCUGCUGGUCCUUUUUAUCCUCGUGAGGAGCUGCCAGUCUCUGAAGAAUGACGCCACGGAGCUGCUCUUCUCUCAUGUGAGCGUGCCGGUACCGGAGAUCCAGAGUAAUGUGACCCUGAACCGCGCGAGGAACGGUGGGAGAGGAGCGAGCAGCGCUGCGCACGAGAGAGGAGGUGAGUUAGGCAGCGUGGAGGACUCUGGCAUUUUCUCUGUCACACUGAUUUUAGCGUUUUUAUGGUCCUCAGGGUUAAAAAAAAAAAAAAAACAGGUUUUGGUGUGCCACUACCUGAAUAUUUAAACAGUUUCAGGUCAGAGGUUAAUCCUGAUUGGUUAUUUAACACUUGUGCCAAGGAUGCAGUAUGACCUAAGAGGGAAAAUGACCACAUGCAGAACUUCAUGGUGAACCAAUCAGCUUUUUGGACCCAUUUAAAACUUUGUAAAAGUCUCACAAUCAUUUCCUAAAACUAGAGUUUGAUGUGAUUCAAAAUCUAAAGGUGUUCAGUCUGCAGUAAUGAUGAAAAAAGGCUUAAAAAGUUGUUUGUUUUGGUUCUUGCAGAGCUGAAAACUGAUUUAGGUGAUUAAUCCCUUCUUGAAAUACUUUAUUUGUGCAAAGUUAUUCACUGACUGUUAGUUUAGCCCCAUAACCUACUUCAUAUUUAAGCUACUGGGCAUGAGGGGAGAGCAAAAAUGGCAAAAAUUGCAUUUACUGAAAGCAGUUUCAAUUUCCUUUCCUAUUCAGUCAUCCUCUAUCUUUGUCCUGUAGAGGUGCAAACAGCCAUUGAUACUGCAAUCUAAUCUAAUCUAAUCUAAUCUAAUCUACAAAUUCAAUGAUUGAACAUCCUCUUUUGUGUUUCACAUCUCCACCUUAAAGAACCAAUUCAGACCCUUAAUCCCAUUAUCAUGUCUAAUCAGUAACAGAUUAAGUAAGAGAGAAUAGAAAGCAUGAGUCUCCAAAGCACUCUGAAUAGCUUACUGUGCUAUUUGCAUAAAGUGCUUGGCUUUACAAACUGUCCUAGCUGUAGAGCAGCAGGUAGAAACAUCAUAAAGCUUAUUAAAAUUCAUGGUGAACCAUGCAAAGAGACUGCACAGUGUGGUUUCAGUACUUUAGGACUGUUAUAAACAUCUCACAUCUUCUCGUCAUAACGUAUGACCUCUGGGAUUGAGUGGUUCUGCCGUCGUUAUAGAGACUGUUAACCCACAUUGAGCCGAGCCAACGCUCAGUCCAACCCACACCUGGCUGGCUCCUGUCCAGUCAGGGACGAGCACACAGACAGGAAGCCUCUGAUCGCAUUUUGUAGCUCUGCCAGCAGCAGACCAUGAAGAAGGAGGAGGAGUGGGAUUAAGAGAAAAUCACUCCUGUUCAUUCAUCAAACUCCGUCACAGAGGAGUAGCGGGCUUUGUCUCUGAGGUGUAUGGAUCUGUAUGAAUGGACGUGAGCUUAGGUUACAGUGAUGGAGGGGAGAGUGGGGUGCUGUGUGUGUAGCCUGCAGCAGAAUAAUACCGCUGCAAAUCCCUGAAAGGUAGAACUAAAAUUGUGUUUUUUUUCUUUUUCCAAUCCUGUAAUACCUCAACUGUUGAGCAGAAAGGCCAACAUACCUUUGUGCUCUGUCCCUGUGACUCCCCACAGGCUACGAAGGGGCCUGUAAACAAUAUGAUGUACAGAGUGAAGCACUCAGCAGUAAUCCUCCAUUAUCGUAUUCUAACCCUUAAAAGAGAUCGGUAAGAGAAGUAAGACUGACGAUGGAACUGCAUGGGGUAGGUUAGUCAUACAACAUAUGAAAAAAAAUUCACUUUUGAGUUGAAAAUCUAAAACUUUCUGUCAAAUCAGCCUUUCAAAUGUGAAAUUUUGCUUUUUUUGGCAGAUAAAACACCCUGUGGUGAUACUAUUUUCUGACAUUUUCUGACAAAAGUCAUCCAGAAGUGAUCGGACAUAUAACAAAGAUAUCGGUACAGGUGAACAAGUUUGCCAAUCUGUGACUAUGUAAAACCUUUUUAAUUGCAGGUGAUGCAAAAAAACAAUGUCUGAGGUGUUUUAGUAAUGUGCCAUCACAUAGUUUCCAGCAGAAAUUGACCUGCAGCUCAUGAAGCAGAACAUCACAGCUGUGGCAGACACUAUAAUUGGUUAAUAUGUUUAAUAUCUUUAAAACAGACAAAAAUAAGGCUUUUAAAAAUCCAUGUUUGUGUCAUCUAGUGGUGAAAUUUAGGACCCAGCUUAGAAGUUUGCUGUAUGAUAUGAUUUAAUACAAUACAACACCAACAUGAGAUACAAUCUGAUACUACACAACUAAUAUGAUAUGAUAGUAUAUGACACAAUAUGAUGACACAUAAAAGUAUGACAUGACAGGACACAACUCAACAAAUUUGAUAAAGCACAAUACUAAAGAAUACGAUAUUAAACCGUAUAAUUAGAUACAAUUCCAUAUGAUAUAAUAUGCAAUGACGUUAUAAAAUAAGAUACGUUAAAUUACAAUAUGAUACAAUAAGACACAAGACAAUACAAUAAGACGGGACAUGUGGGACACUUCACAACAUGAUAUGACAUGUUACACUAUGACACAUUACAAUAUGAUAUGAUACCAUACCAUAUCAUAUAAUACAGUAUGAUAUGAAACAAUGUAAUCUGACACAAUAUAUGACAUGAUACAAUAUGAUAAGAUAUGAUACAACAAGACAUGAUCCAAAACAAUCCAACAAGACACAAUAUUAUAUAAUAUAACAUGUUUCAAUAUGACAUGAUGCAGUAUGAUAAGAUAUGAAACAAGACAUGAUAUGAUUGGACAAGACACAACACAAUAUGAUAAAAUAUGAUAUUAUACAACACAGUUUUAUAUGAUACAGCAAGACAAGACAAACAAGAUAGGACAUGAUAUGACACAACAUGAUACAAUAUAAUACAUUGCAAAAAAAUAUGAUAAUAUGCAACAGGACACAUUUUAUUACCCCUUUGGAGAAAUUUGUUUUGGAUUUGAAUGCUGCAAAUGCUUAACUGCCUUCACAAUAAUAAGGUGGAAAAAAAAAACCCAAAGGGAGACAUGGAAGACAACAAACAACAGAUGUUGUGUAUAAUCUUUGUUGCACAAGAUCCCAAUCAAUCAGCAUAAAUAAAGCCAAAGAUAAGGGGACAACAUUUUGGCCCUGUUUUACUCCCACACAGCUUUUAAACCAUUAUCCUGUCAUGGUCAUUUCAGUACGAUGGGAAAUUUGCACUCUCAGACAUGUCUAAGUCUUUUUCAGAUUUACUUUGUUAGAUUUUCCUGUCUCACUCUUUUUUUAUUGUGUCUCUCCACAGAACGAAGUCAAAUUGGAUGCAGAGAGCUGAGAUCCACCAAGUACAUCUCUGACGGCCACUGCACCAGCAUCAACCCCAUCAAGGAGCUGGUGUGCACCGGUGAGUGCCUCCCAGCUCAGAUGCUUCAGAACUGGAUUGGUGGCUCUUACAGCAGGAAGCACUGGGGUCGCCGGAGCAGCAGCAACAGCCAGGAAUGGCGAUGUGUCAACGACAAGACCCGCACCCAGCGCAUCCAGUUGCAGUGCCAGGACGGCAGCACCAGGACGUACAAGAUCACUGUGGUCACCUCCUGCAAAUGUAAGAGGUACUCGAGGCAGCACAACGAAUCUGGGAACAAGUUUGAGGAGCCGUCAGUAGCUCAGCCGCAGCUUCUGCACAGACACAAGCCCAAAAGCAAGAGGAGGCUUGGGAAGAACCGACUGAGUGAAAACUGGCACGAGCCUGAACCCUGAUGGCAGACAGGCAUGCAGACUCUGAUUCCACAUAAACCUACAGGAGUUUUUAUCUGGGUGGGAUUGAGUCUCAACAACCAGAGUUUGUGGAUUAUCUCUGAGUGUGACUGGGAUUGAAUAAAGGUGAAGCUGGCUCCUCACAAAGCUGGAGAACUCUGAAAAGCCUGCCGUGGACUUUUCGUAACAUUUGAAUCUAUGUUUCAAAGAUAUUGUGAACAAACUGAGGUGUUUGUUCACAGAGCUAACAGAGCAGAGUUCGUUCUUGAACCAAAACCAAACCCACUUUCCCCAGAUGUAGCCACAAGCAUGCAUUGUACAUCAAUUUUAUACACAGAUGGGGAUCUGAAUUUAAUUUUAAGACACCAACACCAGUCAGCACCAAAUAUCUUGAAAAACUUCUCUGUAAAUACUUGUACAUACUAAAUUCCUACUUGUCUUUUAAACUAUUGCCAUGUGUAUAAAGACUUAUCAUGUAAAAUUUAUGAUGUAUGAUGUAAUAUAUUUCCUGUGCAACUUGUAAAAUAAGUUUUGCUUAAACUGCAUCAGCAUGUUGGGUGAAAUCUAGAAAAGCUUUGUCAUCGAUUGUUUUUUGUAAUAACUUUGUAUGAAAUAAAUAUAACUUUUUAUCAGA